AUGAGAAAGGAAGAGAUGGGAUUCCAUGCAGACCCGAGGAACCAGAUGGUGGCCUCUCUAAUGGCUCUUCUAAGUCGUUGUGUGAAGUCGGCCAACGGUAUUCUCUCAAGGAAGUCAAGGACGAGGAGGGAGGAAAGGAUGUUGGGUCGUUAUUCGCCAUUAAUAGAUCCAUUAAUAGAUCCGCCGAUGCGGUUGCUGAUUAAGAUGAGGAACAAGGCUGUCACCUUGAAGCUUAAGAGAAGAAGGGGAAGAAGAGGGAAAGAGGAUUGUGGGUUUGGAGAUGGAGGGUUGUGGCAGAAAGCCAUAUUGAUGGGCAAGAAAUGUCAGCCUCUUGAGUUCUCCGGUGUUCUUUACUAUGACCACGAAGGGAAGCGACUCUCUGAGCCACGCAGAUCGCCCUGUCCGAGUCCAUUGUACAACUAA